ACUGUGACUCAACAAUAGGUCCAUGGAUGUUUAGAACUUAGUUCAACUUAGUAUAAUUCCAGCCUCCUGCUUGGAGACUCACAUCCUUUGAAUGGUCCUCUGUUGCUAAAUAAAUAAAUAAGUAAAUCCCACCUCCUUGGGCAGCAACCUGAGCCCAGUAACGGUGAAGAGGCACAUUGAGAGCCUGGCAUGGCUCCCAAAGAAACAGAUGAACACAGACCCACAAAAACGCUACAAAAACAUUUCCCCACAGAAGUUAGAAAAGCUGGCCCCAGACCAGUGAGAAUGCCUGGACAUGGUGUACAGAACAUCGCUGAUGAGCUACUUUAUCCAGGAGAGCUGAUGAGCAUAAAGCAAGGUUAUCCCGGAGUUUAUGGAUCUUCCCUAUCUUGUUGUAAGCUAAAAAUGGGUGAUGUUUGCACCCCCCAGGCUGUAACCUGGAUGCGGGCAACCAUUCCAGAUCUCGGCUGUCCUCCCGGAUUAGAAUAUUUAAGUCUCUUGGAUCAAAUAGUCGUUCACCAGCAGAUUGAGCUUCUGGAAAUAAUAAUGGGCUUUGAAAAUUGCAACAAAUACGAAAUAAAAAAUGGCUGGGGGCAAAGGAUAUACUUGGCAGUUGAGGAAACAGACUGCUGUGCGAGAAACUGCUGUGGAGCGGCAUGUCCAUUUACAGUAAAAAUCAUGGACCAUGUGGGCCAGGAAGUAAUUGAGCUCCAGCGACCUCUCCGGUGCUCCGGCUGUUGGUAUCCUUGCUGCUUGCAAGAGCUUGAAGUCCAUGCCCCUCCAGGCACCCCUGUGGGGUACAUUAAGCAGACGUGGCACCCCUUUCUGCCUAAAUUUGCAAUCCAAAAUGAACUCCAUCAGGAUGUCCUUAAAAUCACCGGGCCCUGUGUACUGUGCAGCUUGUGUCAAGAUGUGAACUUUGAGGUGAUGUUGUUGGACGAGGAGACCAAGGUUGGAAGGAUUUCUAAGCACUGGACUGGCUUUCUGGAAGAGACCUUCCCCAAUACCGACAACUUUGGAAUUAAGUUCUCGUUGGACCUUGAUGUCAGAAUGAAAGCUGUCCUGCUGGGGGCCUGCUUCCUGGUGGAUUUCAUGUUUUUUGAAUGUGCAGGAAGAGGGCAGCAGAGAACGGGGGUCUGACAAUAGACCUGGAAGCUGCUUCGAAGAAAUGCCCUCGUGUUGCUACUUCUACUUUUCCUUUGCUAAGAUGGAGCGUUAAGCUGGCGAAUAAGAGGGCUUCUUGUUAAAACGACUUAUUUUUGAAUUGCGGCUGCAGCUCUUGCACCUAUCGUGGUGGGACAUUCCAAUUUAUGGGUGCUGCUCUAGAAUUCAUAAUGCAUUGAAAUGGAAACACUUUUUUUUAAAAAAUACAAUUAAAUGUAUGUAUUUUUCUGUG